AUGAACGUUGGUCUAGCUCGGCGACCACAGAGACGUGCGCGUUGCCGUUUCCCUGGGCAUGGUCUUGUUCUCUUGUUUGGUGCCAAGUUGGUGGAGAUGUCCUUUGCCUUGGGGCUUGAGGAGGUGCAGGAAUUGAAAGAAGCACCCACUGGCACUUGCGGCGUCUUCACUACACAAAUUCGGUUACCGGGCAAGUCCGAUCAAUCUGGUCAAAAAAAAACACUUCUUGUCCGUUACUUCGUUGAACUCACGACUAUCGCACCGGCACGUUCUUUGACUGGACCUAUACAUUGA